GCGGGGUGGCCGACCAAAAAGGGUUCCGCUCUUGGACCUAGGUUUUGAGCAAAGUGCCUCCAACGGCAAAUCAAUACAAUGUCCCAGGUCAAAAACACUGAAGAGAGAUUUUGGGAAGGAGUCUGUCAGUUGGGAAGUCUCAUUCUCUUCAACCUGCUUGGCAGAUAUGUGGCUCUUGACCCCUUUAAAGGGCAUUUAGGGUGCCAAAUGCAGCACCGGCCGGCCAGCACAUUUGAAGCAGCGCCGCGCUUAUACAACGAGAAGACCAAGAAAGCGGAGUAUGCCUUCUUUGAGGGCACCAGCCUGAAGUUUCUUCAAACCACUGCAAAGAUGCUUGAGAAAGAGAGGUUUGAAAAGCAGGAUUAUGUCUUCAAAGAAGGUGAAAUGGGUUUCAGCAUGUACUUCAUUUGCUCCGGGAGUAUUGUCAUCUCUAAGGGCUCCGAUAUCUCGGAUGUGGAGAUUCUGUCUCGAGGGAACCACUGUGGUGAUUCAGCCGUUUUUGGAUUCUCUCGGAGGAGUACUUCAGCAAUCGCGAGAGAACAUACCGAGUGCCUGGUCUUGAAAAACCGUGUGUUCCAAGCGAUCUUGGAGAGGUUUCCCGAAGAGAAGGAAUACUUCGCCAAGAGGGCGGAUCAUAAGAAGAAGGAGCUGAGGAGCGUCGGAAGAAUGCAGCAGCGCAGAACUGGACGCAAUUUCAGGCCCAAACGCGCCUGGGGAGGAUCUCAUGAGUCCUCCAGUGACUCAGACCGUGAUGCGGCCGAUGAUCCUGCUCCAGUGCUGCCCAGCGAGGAUGCCGCUCCGUUGCCCGACACCGAGAUUCCGGGAGCGUAUCCCGAGCUGAAGAAGAUGAACAUUUUGGACCUCCAAAAACCUCCCAGGCACGGUCCGGAGCAGCUGGUGCCCCCGGCACCAGCGAAGCUUCCUGAAGAUCGCCACUUUCAAGCUCGCAUGGGCAAGGAGUUGGCGACCGUGGGCCGCACCGCCUUUCUGCGCAAGAUGGCAGUGGCGGAGGCGCUCAAAGAGGAGAUGGCGCCGUUCGGCUCCAACAGCUUGAGACCACAAGGUGCAGGUGCUUGGAAGGUGGACAAGAAGACCAUUGAGGAGGAGAAGGGCGAGAGAAAUGCCAGCAAGGAGCGUGCGUCGUCCAAGUCACCUCGACCUCCAGCGGUGAAGAAGGCCUUGGAGGAGGAUGAUUUUGACUUGAACUUCGACCUGAACAACAUCGACCUCAAUGCGAUUGAUCCCUGGAGACGUGCUGUAUCAGCCUAGGUCCUGGUGGCAUGGGUGGUCUCCACCGUGUUUCCAUAGGGAUGUUUAAACAACAGAGAUGCAGAGAUGAUAUGAGGGAGUUUGGAUCAAACAGAUCAAGAAUACCACCUUGAGAUACCUUUGGGCUUCUCUGUUUCCAGACAUCCCGCUCCUUUCGGGGAGGCCGUCCGGUGCCAUCCCUUUUUCAACCUUUCUGAACGCGUCCGAGGCCGUCCGAGGCUCAUGGGUGCCCGGGUUCUCUUUGACGUCGCUGAUCUUCCGGACCAGGCACCCACCAUGUGGAACGUGCCUCGUCGUUGUGGCGAUGAUUUUGGGGAACGUGCCUCCAGAGAGGCCGGAUGGAAUGCAUCUUCGUCUCCAGACGUGAAAAGACCUAAUUCGUUUCGUUUCAAGAACCCGUGUGAGCCAUCGGGCUGCAUCUUCAAGUUGUGUUUCAAGGUGUUUUAGCUCGAGGAGAUCUGCAAAGCAGGGCCUCCUUCCAUUGCUUUUAAGAACGCUCCAUAAGGCGUGUGAUAC